UGCUUUGGGAUUACAUUACUGUCUUGACGUUAAACCAAAAUAUGCGAUUGGAGCAGGAACCGGAAAAUUUGGAGUUUGCUGACUACUUGCUUGAGAUUGGAACGAACCCUAAAGAGGUUGUUAAUCUGCCAUCGACAAUGGGUAGUUGUCAAAACAUGCAUGAGCUAAUAUCUUCGGUGUAUCCUCUGUUGGUAAUGGACGAACCAAUGUCUCCCAAAUACUUAACCAAGAGGAUCAUUUUAUCUCCACGUAAUGAAGACGUCCAUAAGAUUAAUAUGGAUGCAUUAGAAAGAUUACAUGGGGAGACUUACACGUAUUUUGCUGCUGACAAAAUGAUUCUGGAUGAUCAUGGAAGGGAUUCGGAUUUUACAACUGAAUUUCUCAACAAUUUAAGUCCACCAGGAACACCUCCAUUUAAGCUAGACCUCAAAGUUGGAUGUCCCAUUAUGUUGCUGAGAAAUCUGGCACCGAAAGAAGGCCUUUGUAAUGGUACAAGACUGGUGGUGACGAGGUGCGGACGACACGUGAUUGAAGCUAAAAUCAUAACUGGAGAAAAAGCUGGUGAAGUAGUAUUCAUCCCUAGAAUAACUUUUCAACCUUCAGCUUCAGAGCUAAACAUACAAAUGGAAAGACGUCAAUUUCCCAUACACGUUGCAUAUGCGAUGACUAUUAACAAAUCCCAGGGACAAUCGGUGAAGUAUGUGGGAAUUGAUUUACGUACUCCAGUAUUUAGUCAUGGUCAGCUAUAUGUCGCAUUGUCCAGGUGUACUGCUGCAUAGAGAAUUACUUUAUUAUUUCCAAAUGAAUCAAAUGUGUCUUUAGAUCCAGUAACAAAAAAUGUAGUGUAUCCUGAAGUAUUAUUGUAGAAUUUGAUGCUUCUUUUAAUUUUAAAAGAAGUAAUGGUACAUGUAAUUUUUAAUAUUUCUUUAGAUUGGAUGA